AAAUCGAAAAAGAAGAGAAAAUUGGGAAGAUGAAAAUAGAACUGAAGAAAAUCGAGUGCCCAAAAGAGAGAAGCAAUAAAUACUCAAAACGUAAGAAAGGGAUUUUAAAGAAGGCAGAAGAAUUAGCAUUGCUAUGCGAUGUUGAUAUUGUCAUGGUUCUCAUUUCUCCCGCUAAUAAACCUACCAUUUUUCACACUCCUUCUAGAAAUUUGAGUCAGAUCUUGAAGGAUUUCAGUAACAUUUCAAUACAGGAACGUAAUGAGAGGAGAGCCUACACAAUAAAGACUUUAAAAAAUUUGGUGGACAAGAACAAUACAGAAGAUCCCAUAGUAAUUGAUCAUCUUUCGCGUGACAGAGGUGAAGUGAUCCAGGACGACAAAAAGAUCACUGAACUAAGAGGAUACAAGGAAUUGCUUGAUGAGAAGAAGUUGAUUUUAGAGGGCUGGGAGAAUCCAACUAAAGUUAAUGAUUUAUGCCGACUCAAUAUUAUGGAUAAUUAUUUAGCUUCUUCUGAGAGGCAUAUCGGAAAUAUCAUAAAGGUUAAAAUCCAAGAAGAGCAGCAAACACUUAUAUGAGUUUAAAAUUGAAAUCAUAUUGUAUCUAACCGGUUCAAGAGCAUAAAUACAAUUUCACAUACA